AACCUUUCUUUUUACAGCGGAACGUGUUUGUUUUGAUUCGUGCGUGCUGUGAGAGCAGCAGUUCAAUUGUCCUAAACGCACGUAAAUUACAACAAAACAAAAAUGCCAAAAGUACGCAGCACACCGGGCAAGCCCCGGACCCAGGGAUUCAACCAUUCCAAUCACUCCAUGAAUCCAGAGAGGCCCAAAAGUGGACUCAAAGGUGUCGCACACCCGAGAACCAAAGGCACUAUCAAGCGCCUGCAGAUGUAUCGCAAUUUCAAGGCCAAGCGAGAUCGCACUGGUAAAAUUCUAACUCCCGCGCCCUUCCAGGGUCGCCUGCCGGCUGGAACAAUGGCACGUGUGGAACCUACACCCAAAUGGUUCAGCAAUUCACGCGUCAUAUCCCAGAAUGCACUGCAAAAGUUCCAGGAUGAGAUUGGCAAGGCUGUCAAGGAUCCCUAUCAGGUGAUAAUGAAACCCUCACAAUUGCCUGUAACGCUGCUCAACGAGGCCUCCAAAUACCAACGUGUGCAUCUGCUGGACACUGAGAGCUUUGAUAGCGUCUUCGGACCAAAGAAGCAACGAAAACGUGUUAGCCUCAAGGUACGCGAUCUGGAGGAUUUGAGCCGUGCAGCCGACGAACAAGCUGAGCAAUAUGAUUCCACAAAAGAUGUGGAUCUUAUUCGCGAGGACACAGGUGAAAAGAAGGCAGUGCGUGAUUGGGUAUUUGGUGCGGGUCAGAGCAAGCGUAUUUGGAAUGAGUUGCACAAGGUUGUGGAUGCCUCCGAUGUACUGCUGCAGGUUCUGGAUGCACGCGAUCCCAUGGGCACACGUUCCAAGUACAUUGAGGAGUUUCUGCGAAAAGAGAAGCCACACAAACAUCUGUUCUUCAUACUGAACAAGGUAGAUUUGGUGCCAGUGUGGGUGACACAGCGGUGGGUGGCCAUCCUAAGUGCAGAGUACCCCACCAUUGCCUUCCAUGCUUCACUGCAGCAUCCUUUUGGCAAAGGUGCUUUGAUCAACUUGUUCCGCCAGUUGGGCAAACUUCACAUGGAUAAAAAACAGAUCAGCGUUGGCUUUAUUGGAUAUCCUAAUGUAGGCAAAUCAUCGGUCAUCAAUGCACUGCGCUCCAAAAAGGUCUGCAAUGUAGCGCCAAUUGCUGGCGAAACCAAAGUCUGGCAAUACAUAACUCUAAUGAAGCGCAUAUUCCUCAUUGAUUGUCCUGGAGUCGUUUAUCCCUCGGCUGAAACCGACACCGAAAAGGUGCUGAAAGGUGUGGUGCGUGUGGAGUUGGUCACCAAUCCCGAGGACUAUGUGGAGACUGUAUUACAACGUGUGCGAAGCGAAUACAUUGCCAAGAACUACAAAAUCGACAGCUGGACGACGUCCACACACUUCCUCGAGCAGUUGGCCAAGAAGACUGGCAAAUUGCUUAAAGGUGGCGAACCAGAUGUCACAGUCACGGCUCGCAUGGUGCUGAACGAUUGGCAGCGUGGCAAGCUGCCAUUCUAUGUGCCACCUGAAGGCUUUGCGAUACCCAAAUCACAAGAAGGCAAAUCGAGCGAGGAGGAAACUGCCGCAGCUGAUACUGACGCUGUUGCUGCCGAAGAAGAUGCGGAUGCUAAGUCGGAGGCGCCUACGUUUGUAAGCGAAUCGGUGAAAAAGGCACGCGAGUUUAAACAGAUACAAGAUUUCCGCAAAAUUCGCGUGGGUCUGGAGUAUGAGCAGCAGGAUGAGCGUGAACUAGAUCACAUCGAUUUAGAGCUGUUGGAGCAACAGAAGCAGGAGCGAGCAGCUCGCAAGAAGGCGCGUCUUGUUAAUCCUGAGAACGAGGCUGAAAAUUCAAGUGAUGGUGCUAGUGACUUCUACUCUGAGGAUGAGUACAACGAUGAUUUGCAGCGUGUGGUGCACAAGAAAGCCAAGGCUAAGAAGCCGCAACAGUUGGCCAUCACAUCAUCUGGGAAAUUCCGGGUUGCCAAAGUGCAACCUGGUGAUUCCGACAAUGAUGAUGACAGCGAUGACGAUGGUCCUAGUGCGAAGGCGCCACGUCUCAAUGCUAAGCAGAAGCGGGCGCUGGAACGUAGCCAAAAGCGUAAGAAGAUUGGCAGCAACUUCUAUGAAACGACCAAUGUGAAGAAUCGCAAUCGCAACAAGAAAAAGGAUACAUAACACAAUGGACCACACAAUGUUUUUAAUUCCUAGGUUAUAUAUUUCGUUGAAGAAAACACUACGCAUUAAUUAGUAAGAAUCGCCAAUAAACUGAUCAUUCAGUAGCA